AUGGAGAGGACGCCGCCCGUUGAGCAGGAAGAUCGAGCAGAAGUGGCAAGCAUGGAAGCAGCUCACCUUGUAUCAGGCCAUGAUCCGGAGCAAGGCCCUGCGGAGGACUCGAUGUCGUGGCGCUGGUCCCGCCACCGCCAGUGCAUGGAGAUCCUCGUGCGACAAGAAUGUGGUCGAGAGCUCCGUGAAGAGCAGCUCGAAGAUCUCAAGGACAAGCUGCGCGAGGAGACUGAGCACAGGAUCGAAGGGAGGCCAAAGUAA